AUGGCUACAAUGGUCCCUAGCCCUAUGGGCAACAACCCUCACCUCCACAACUGGAAGUGCUGGUUUUGUGAGAACUGCUACGUCGGGUUCUCUGGAAUACUUGAACACUGGGAAGAAGGCAGAUGCGUGAAAUACGGUCGCAUCAGCGAGCUUGUUUUCGAAACCCCCGAGUACGCGUGGUGUGCGAACAAACUCACCGACCAAUUCCCUUUCUUCUGCUAUGAAUGCCGCGCCAAUUAUCAGCAAAUUUCCCAGGUCUACUACCAUGUUGAACGGUCCGCUUCCUGCCAGCAUCUGCUUCACGACGAUCAUUGCCUUGGUGCAUUGCAAAAGUUCAUUCUCGAUUAUUACCACGCCUAUGGCAUGGAUUCGGCCGACAUGAUGUGA